UCUGCUUUGCACUCAGCACAGAACCUGGUGCAUAUAAAAGAGCAUCAGUAAAGGCAGUUACUGCAUACAGCUACAUCCAACAUCCGUACAGAGACCUUACUACCCAGCCUUAUCAUGGAUCCUCAGGAGUGUAACUGUGAAUCAGGUGCCCCCUGCUCCUGUAAGGGUAACUGCAAGUGUAAAAACUGCAAGUGCAAGUCCUGCAAGAAAGCUUGCUGCUCCUGUUGCCCAGCUGACUGCAAGAAAUGCAGCCAGGGCUGCGAGUGUGAGGAGGGAUGUGAGAAAUGCAGCUGCUGCAAGUGAUCUGCACCAAACCUGCAGCUUACACCAUUAUGUACUGUAGUAUUGUUACUGAUGAUUAGAUCUAGGCAGUAUGCAUGUUAGCGAGAGAAAAUAUAUAUAUAUUCUGGGCAAAUAUGUAACUCAAUUAUUUUUGGUAAUAAAGAUUUACAAACUA